AUGGCUCAAGAAAUUGCGAAGGCUCCAUUGCUGCUCACAGUCUCUGAUUAUGAAGAGAUUGCUCACCAAAAGCUUCAACAUAAAGCAUGGAACUAUUACAGUUCUACUGCAGACGAUGGAAUCACUGCUCGGAGGAAUCAAUCGGCUUUCGAGAGGUUGCUUAUUCGACCACGGGUACUCCGUGACGUUUCCUCUAUCAACACAAAGAAGACACUCUUUGGUACAGAAUUUCCAUUUCCCAUCGGCUUUUCCCCAAGCGCCGCAGCCUCAACGGGCGCAUUGUUGAUUUUAUCCUCAAGUGCAUCUUUUGCUCUAGAAGAAGUGGCUCAGACCUUUGUCUCUCACAGCAAUUCCACCGAAUUCUGGUAUCAGAUCUAUAUUCUUACUGAUAGAGCUGCCUCAUUGGAUCGUAUUAGGAAAGCUGAAGCGGCCGGAGCUAAAGCCCUCGUGCUCACAGUCGACACUCCUGUCAUUGGUAACCGUUUGAAUGAGCGAAGAAGUCCUCUGAAAAUAGCGCUUCUCAAUCAGGACCCUAGUCCUGGCACAGCACCAGAAGGUCAAGAUACCUCCUCGUCAAAGACUGCAGCAGCUGCACCAAGUGCCAACAAGCUUCCCAGCUAUGUUCACGAUCCAAGUCUCAACUGGCAAGACAUAUCAUGGCUGCGGACUCAAACAUCGCUGAAGAUAAUCGUGAAGGGCAUUCUGACCGCUGAAGACGCACUUCUUGCUAUCGAGCAUAAGGUCGAUGGUAUUGUGGUUUCAAAUCAUGGCGGUCGUCAGCUAGACACUGUUUCGUCGACAAUCGAAGCGUUACCAGAGAUCGUGGCAGCCGUCAGGGGGCGUGUGCCAGUUCUUGUUGAUGGUGGGGUAAGAAGGGGGAGCGAUAUCUUCAAAGCUCUGGCGCUGGGUGCAGACUUUGUCCUAUUGGGCAGGCCUGUACUGUGGGGUCUGGCAUCGGAUGCACAGCAAGGUGUUGAAGAUGUUAUUGGCUUAUUGGAACAAGAGUUUGUGAAAACAAUGCAAUUGGCAGGAGCGACUACAGUGGGAGGAAUUGAGAAGAGCAUGCUGGGAGUACAGAACGUGAAUGGAUUUGGGAUAUUAAGUUUAUAA